UCGGGCGUCGAGGCAGAACGGUUGUUAGUGGUGCUGGAAGUCACUGUGUGGUCAGCGGUUGAGGUGGGGAUAAGGACCCAGAAGUGGGACCAUUAGAUGUGACCUCACUCCAGGAUCUCUGGCAACUUGUCCUCCAGCACAUUUAGCCAGGACCCACAGCGCCCGAGGCCUACGGGGAAUCACCUCCGGUGGGGCCAUCAGAUCUGGGGGCUUGUCUUAUUUUUAGCCAGUCACCCUUCUGCCUUUCUCCUUCAGAGCGCCGCACCAGAUUCAUGACAGAUGCCUGGUUGCUGAGCCCCACGCCCCAGUCCCAGUAAGGCACUGAGGGCAGGGUGCCAGGGCUGGAGUGGAGUCCCCUGGGGGCCUCUGGGAUUGUGGAGGAGUCUCCCCAGCCUAUCCUGAGCCACAGUCUCUGCCUCCCUCACCAUGCCGCACAUCGAUAAUGACAUCAAGCUGGAUUUCAAGGACGUCUUGCUGAGACCCAAGCGCAGCACCCUGAAAUCCCGGAGCGAGGUGGAUCUCCUCCGAUCAUUCACUUUCCGCAACUCGCACCAGACGUAUAGUGGUAUCCCCAUCAUUGCUGCCAACAUGGACACUGUGGGCACCUUCGAGAUGGCCAAAGUCCUUUGCAAGUUCUCACUCUUCACUGCAAUCCACAAGCACUACAAGCUGGAGGAGUGGAAGGAGUUUGCUGCCCAGGAGCCCGAUUGCCUGCAGCACGUGGCAGCCAGUUCAGGCACCAGCCCCUCAGACUUCGAGCAGUUGGAGAAGAUCCUGGAGGCCCUACCCCAGGUGCGCUACAUCUGCCUGGAUGUGGCCAACGGCUACUCAGAGCACUUUGUCCAGUUCCCGCGGGACGUGCGCAAGCGCUUCCCCAACCACACCAUCAUGGCUGGGAACGUUGUGACGGGGGAGAUGGUGGAGGAGCUGAUCCUCUCUGGCGCUGACAUCAUCAAAGUGGGCAUCGGACCAGGUUCGGUCUGUACCACUCGGAAGAAGACAGGGGUGGGGUACCCCCAACUGAGUGCGGUCCUGGAAUGCGCCGACGCAGCCCACGGCCUCAACGGGCACAUCAUCUCGGACGGGGGCUGCAGUUGCCCGGGGGACGUGGCUAAGGCGUUUGGCGCUGGCGCAGACUUCGUCAUGUUAGGAGGGAUGCUGGCGGGACACACGGAGUCGGGGGGGGAGCUGAUUGAAAGGGGGGGCAAGAAAUACAAACUCUUCUAUGGGAUGAGCUCCGAGGUGGCCAUGAAGAAACAUGCCGGGGGAGUGGCAGAGUACAGGGCAUCGGAGGGCCGGGCGGUGGAGGUGCCGUUCCGGGGCGCCGUGGAGCACACGCUGCGGGACGUGCUGGGCGGGCUCCGCUCCACUUGCACCUACGUGGGUGCCGCGAAGCUGAAGGAGCUGAGCCGCCGAACCACCUUCAUCCGUGUCACCCCGCAGGGCCCCCCCCAUUCGGGGCAGGGGAGUAGAGGCCCCCAGCUCAUCCAGCGGCGGGGAUCCCCCAGCCCAUCCCCCGGCUCAUCCAGCAGCGGGGAUCCCCCAGCCCAUCCCCCGGCUCAUCCAGCAGCGGGGAUCCCCCGGCUCAUCCCCCAGCACAUCCACUGGCAGGGAUCCCAUUUUUCCCCAAUCAUUCCAUUCCCCGGAGCAGCUCCUGCCAUUGAGGGUGGCAGAUGGGACCCCCAAUUCCCUCCCUGCCUCCUCCAGGGGAUCCAUCCCCCGGUCAUCUCCCCUUACUCUGCCAAAGGGGGGCUAUGGGGCACCCCCCAGAUGGAGACCGAGAGGGGGAGACUGGGCUGAAUCAUGUGCUGUGUUUAUUUGGUGUCACCAAUAAAAGAUUUGUGGGGCACCUUC